CCUUGUGUUCAGGGGCUUAAGGCAGCAUGGUGUGUUUCUGUUUCCUGGUGGACCAGACACGGCAAGUGCAGCGGAGCAAACCGGCGGCCGGGCUUUGUUCGAGAUGCGGCGGCGGAGCUAGCGUGGCUGAUAUGAAGACGGCCACCAGAUUUUGUCACGUCCCUUUUUAUUGGAAAUCCUGGAGAGCCAUCGUUUGCACUUUUUGUGGAUCCAUUCUUCGUUCUUACCAUUAGUUACAUCAUCCUUCUCUCACCAUAUCUUCUUCCCGGCCACCCCCAUGUUCCCUUUUCUAACUACCUUUAUUCAUAUUAUUUCAUCUCCUUGUCUUUUUAAGAUUUAGAGACAUUCUUUCUUCUUAAAUAUGCUAGAGAAGUUCCCUCUCUGUUUUUUCCUCCUCCUCCUCUUGGAAAAGAAGACAGAGUUCAAGACAGAAUAGAAAGCAACAUCAAAAGCUAUUAGAGGGUCUAUUGCUUGCAGUAACAAUAUCGUCUUAAUCAUACAGGUCAUGUAGCGCCAAGGGGUUGUUGCUUUUUCCGACGACUGGAAGAAAGAUUGCGUCUUCUGAGUCCUGUAUCAGUCUAAAGCAGGGAGGCUCUUCUCUUUUCCCU